CACGGCGACAAACAAUUACAAACCGAAGCGAUGCGCAACUUUACAACAGGCGGCGAUUCGCAAUGAGCGUCUGCAGAUAUCAAUGACAAAAACAUCUGAAUUCAUUUUUAUACAUUCUUCUAGCAUACGAAAAAGCAGGUUGAGUAUAGAAAGUGCUAUAUGUAGCUCCGUUUAAAUGUUUCGCUGAUCAUUAUUAAAAUGAACUGCUAAUAAGUUCGCUUUCGUAUCAUUUUGUCUCGUUAUAAGUAGAUUUCAGAACAUCUUUGUUGUAGUUUUAUUUGUACAUCGCCUGCAAGGUCAGUUGUAGGGCAAUUCUUGCACAAAGGUGUAGUUAAGCGUAUUAUUCAUGCCACAAAACAAAGGAAGAUUUAUUUCAAGUGUAACAAUACAGGAUGAACAUCACGGAGGUGGAAGAACACAUCACCUCGAAAUAUGAAAUCAAAAGAAGACUUGGAAAAGGGGCAUAUGGAAUUGUCUGGAAGGCCGUGGACCGAAAAACAGGAGAGACGGUUGCUAUAAAGAAAAUCUUUGACGCUUUUAGGAAUCGAACAGAUGCUCAGAGAACAUUCCGAGAAAUUAUGUUGCUGCAGGAGUUUGGGGACCAUUCUAACAUAAUCAAGUUACUGAAUGUCCUCAGAGCCCAAAAUGACAAAGACAUUUACCUUGUAUUUGAAUACAUGGACACAGAUCUACAUGCAGUCAUUAAGAAAGGAAGUCUAUUGAAAGACAUUCAUAAGCGGUAUAUAAUGUACCAGCUUCUUAAAGCAACAAAAUACCUUCAUUCGGGCAACGUCAUACAUAGAGACCAAAAGCCAUCCAACAUAUUACUAGACUCCGAUUGCUUUGUAAAGCUGUGUGACUUUGGCCUGGCAAGAUCACUCUAUCAGAUCCAAGAGGAUGCUGUGAACCCUGCUUUGACAGAGUAUGUUGCUACACGAUGGUACAGAGCCCCUGAAAUUCUUCUAGGAUCCACCAGGUACACGAAAGGUGUGGACAUGUGGAGCGUAGGCUGCAUCCUGGGAGAGAUGCUCAUGGGCAAGCCGCUUUUCCCUGGGACCUCUACCAUUAAUCAAAUUGAGAAAAUCAUGAGUGCCAUUCCACAUCCUUCCAAAGAAGAUGUAUUGGCAAUCAGAUCGGAGUAUGGGGCUUCUGUGAUUCAGAGGAUGCUGCUUAGACCACAGGUGCCAUUUGGUGAAAUUCUGCAGUCAUCAGUGCCACCCGAUGCCCUUGAUUUAGUGCAGCGGCUGCUGGUUUUUAAUCCAGAUAAAAGACUUAAUGCAGAGGAAGCCCUGCAGCACCCUUAUGUGUCGAAAUUUCAUAACCCAGUAAGAGAACCUAGUUUGGACUAUGAUGUCAUUCUGCCAGUGGAUGAUGACAUCAAGCUCUCCGUUACUCAGUACAGAAACAAACUCUACGAGAUGAUCCUGGAGAAAAGAGUUAGUCGCCAAAUACAUAAACAACCUCAUUUUAAACAAAAAAUUGAGGAGAAGAAAAGGGAAGUUAAUGGAGACAGUGAAAUGGACAAAAGCAAUGAAAGUACUGCUGGCAAAUGUGGUGCGGAUGGAGAUCACGUAUGGAAAUCUCCAAAAGACAAGAAGAGUCAUAAUGAAACUGGACCACCUGUUGCAAAAUCUCCUAGUAAGCCUGAACAAACACACACAUUGGUUGAGAACAGCAGUCCAGCAGUGAGCCCCAGUGCAGUCAAAACCUCCUAUAACCCCAUUACACACGUACCUAAUGGUUUAGUCAAACCUCCCCACCACCCAACUGGACAGCCACAUCAUAAUCGAAUUGGGAGGAGGAAUCAAGAAACUGGUAGUGUGCUACCUUUAGGUGGCGCUAAUGGCUAUGUGAGUGGAGACCAACGGGGACGUUCUGCCUAUCUACGCACAAGCUCUUUCUCUCUCACCUUAGCACAGCCCCAAAACAAUCCCCUGCUUCGCAACGAUGAACCCACGGUUUCCCCUGGGGUCUGCGUCACCUCUGCUCGUCUGAACCAGAGGUCCAGUUCACAGCCACGCGAUGGGAAGGUUCCUCCAAGGUUUAGCAAGAAGGUGUUCCAGAGUAAUUCAAACAUUUCGGCUGCAGGAGAUCCACGUGCCAAACUAGGCAGUUACUCUCAAGCGUAUGGGACUAUAAGCAAGACUGGACUGGACAGUCUAUUAAGGAAUUUCCACUAGUUUUAAAGUGUGUGAUUAGUCAGCGUGAAUUCAGUGGGCAGGCCCGAUGGUAAUAGAAAUGUCUCUCAUAGAGUCUGUUGAUCUCUACAUUUAACAAUGCAUUUGACAUAACAAGAUAACCACACCGUCAUCAUACUGUAUGCUGUGAAGUCUAUUGUGAAAAAUACCAGAUAACUGCUGCCAAUGACAUGAUUCUGAGCUGUGCAGAUUUUAGUCUCAGCUUCUUGUUUGUAUUGUAAAUAUGUGGUAAAAAUUUACUAACUUUGUGUGGAGAAAAUAUACAUGUGCAAAUACGUGUUUAGAUGUUUUAAUAACUGCAUACUUGAAACUUUGUAAAUGAUCACCAUUGUACUUUUUUAAGGUGUUCAUUCUAAAAAUAAAAUGGGUUUUAGGGGAUUCAACAUAUUUGAUGGAGUAUUUUAUCAUAUUUUUACCGAUACAUGAUAACCAAAUAUUUUUGGAUAACAUGGC